AUGGCUUCUUCUCGACAGCCUAAUUACACAAUUGAUGAAGAUAAACAUCUUUGUCUUGUGUAUUUGGAGAUAUCUCAAGAUUCAAAAACGGGAAUACACCAAAGAAAAGAAAAUUUUUGGGAUCAUGUUAGGGAGGUUUACAACGAGGAGAAACUCAAUCCAAAUAUGUAUACUCGAAGUUCAAGAUCACUUAAAACUCGCAUGCAGUUCACUCGUGCAAAAGAAUUGAUGAUGCUAGACACAAAAUAUAAGAAAGUCUUCAAGUUCGAGCAUGUGUGGUCUAUUAUGAAAGAUUAUCAAAAGAUUGAUUGUCCUUCACAAAACUCUCGACAACAAAUGUCUGCAUCUCAGUCAGAUUCACUACCACAAUCUCCUAUCUCACCUGAUGGAUUGUCUAAUUUUUCUAUCAAUUUAAGCGAUGGUAGUGGCAGUGGUUCUGGAUCGUCACACCGUCCAGAUGGUGUGAAAAAGACCAAAAACAAAAGAAAAAAAGGAAAUUUUCAUGAUUUUGGAGGAUCAGGAAGCGACAUUGGAGGAUCUGGAAGCGAUGUUGGAGGAUCUGGAAGUGAUCUUAGACCUUACUAG